AUGUUUUUAACAGCUUUACUCCAGACUGUGUUUUUACAUAAAUAUUUUCAAUUAUGUUUUACAACUGGAAUGAGGGUUAGAGCUGGUCUGAUAUCUGCAAUUUAUCAAAAAUCACUUAAUCUUUCAAACAGCGCUCGUCAAAAAUCUACAGUUGGAGAAAUUGUAAACCAUAUGAGUGUGGACGCACAAAGAUUUAUGGAUCUAUGCACAUACCUACACAUAAUUUGGUCAGGUCCUUUACAAAUAUUCUUGGCCUUAUACCUCUUAUAUGAAACAAUGGGUGCUAGUAUUUUUGCCGGUGUUGGUGUUAUGUUAAUGAUGUUGCCUGUUAAUGCAUUUCUUGCUGGAAAAAUGAGAACUCUACAAAAGAAACAAAUGGUUAAUAAAGACGAAAGAAUCAGAUUAAUGAAUGAAAUACUUAAUGGAAUCAAAGUUAUUAAACUUUAUGCUUGGGAAUCCGCUUUUUUGAGAAAGAUCUUUCAUGUUAGGAAUGAUUUGGAGUUAGAAACUUUGAAAAGUUGA